AUGGACCAUCCAGAGAGGUGGCAAGCUAUUGCCCCAGCUUCAGAUGAGCCGGGCGAGCAGCGUUCGGCACAAGGAAGCAGGAAAAGGCGACAAGCAGUCGCGGUUGCGUGCGUGCAAUGUCGUAGCGGCAAGGCUAAAUGUGAUGGCAUACGGCCAAGAUGCACACGCUGUACAGACAACGAUCUGGCCUGUCAAUACGAUGUCCCGGAGGGCGUAUCUCGUGGUGAGCGUAUGAAACUCCUGAAGCGGGAAAGUGUGUCCAGCAGAAGUGAGGAGUUGGAACGCGUUUUGAACGUUCUGCGCUCCGGUAGCGACAUCGAAGCUUCAACUCUGCUUGCGCGACUCCGACUUGGAGAGCGCAUGGACAUGAUCGCAAAGUCUUUGCCGCCCACCAUUUCAUCGAUGCUCAUGAGUAAUCCACCAAGCUUACAGGCUCAGGAUUCCACAGGUACUUCAACCAGUGGCAUAAGCCAGGACUCGACGUACGGUGCGGCACCGAGUGACACUGUCGGAAAUCCAACAUUGCGGCAACAUUCUCGCGCAUCUUAUGCUUCAUCUUCGCAGCAUCGACCCAGUCGGACCACAGUACAAAGCUCGACCGCAACGUCUUCACGGUCGGCCGGUGAAAGAAGUCGAUCCCUUGUUCCUAGUAGUGAUAUGGUUGAUGGCCGCCAGUUUCUUUCGAUCUUGUUCGAUCGACAGGAUUAUCUCCUUGCCAUCAGCGAAAGUGAGGACGAAGGCGAAGAAGACGACAACAGAUUCGACAAGACGCUCGACCCAAGAUUACUUUUUGAGGGCGCAAAGUCGCCCACGGGAUCGCCAAUGGACAUUUCUGCCAGCCAUAUGCCAUCACCCGAGAAAGCAGAGAAAGAGAAGACCGUAAGGUCCAUACACGUCACACAUCUUCGCAGUCGUCAAUCAAUAGUCAACACAAUACGGAUCCAUCCUAACCUCAAUUUACGUAAUCUAUUCGGCAACCUACCUUUCUCGAGCGGCAUAAGGGCCAAUAACUAUCCGGAAGACGUUCAAGACGCCCAAGUGACCAAUUUGUUUCUGCCAACCUGGGCGAUGAUGACUGUCAACACAAGGCCAGAUCCGGGCUCCAUCAAGCUUGCCUUUCCAACCAUACUGCAAGAAGCCGCGGUCAUGCUGGACUCUGGCACCCCUUUGGAAUUUGUGAUCGAAACUCAUCCCAACAUCGCAGCUCUGUUUGACGAAGAAGAGUUCAACAACGCUGGUAUACUGUCAAGAUGGGCAGCUGGAAUGGUGCACAGUGUGAUGCUCAAAGGAAGCGACUUCACCUGCUUUGCAUACAUGUAUUUGUUCUGGUAUCUCAUGCGCUGGAUGAUAUCCCCGUCUCCGGAGACGUAUGAGAUGAUUCCAGAAUGGCUGCGACCGACUCCAAACCAGCUGUUCAUGCCGCAUAUCAACAUGCUCGACUACAUUCCGUGGCCUGCUUUUCGCGAGCUUGCUGUGCAGAUCCCGGCCAUGCAGGAGCGAAUGGAAUGGCUGAUGGACAUGAGCAACACGCUGAGGUGUGACUGGUCUUUCCCAAUUGGCGAACCCAUCCAUAGAGCGGAAGACACGGGUCUCCCAGAUCUCUGCCCAUCUGCAAAGAACUCCCUGCGCGACCUGUCAAACUGGUCUGUCGGGCCCUCUUUCAGGGGCUAUGUAAGUAACGCAGAUUCGUACGUCCGCAUUCGAGUGGAGGAAUUUUGA